CAGUCAGCGGCCUCAACGUGGCACCGCCCCAGUGCCGCAGGCCUCGGGACGGAGACGAGCGCAGCGCGCUCCCGUCGCCCGUCUCCGCAGUCCGUCCGCUGCAGCCGUCUAGAAGGUCUGCAGCUCCCGAACGUCCGAGCUCGCUGCGUUCCCGCCCGGCCUUCGCCCGCCCGCCGACCCCCGCGCGCCGCCUCCAUGGCGCCCGCGGCCCCGGCCCCAGCGCUCUGGGGCGGCCGCCGCUGCCUGGCCCUGCUCGGCGCGCUCUUCCUGCUGCUGCUGCUGCCCCGGCCCAGCCCCGCCCUCGCCUGGGACCAGUCGGAGAAAAUUCUGCUACGGGACAUCCAGGCUUUGACCCUCCACCGGGACCGCUUCACCACUGCCCGGAGGACUGCGCCCAUCCCUCAGCUGCAGUGCCUCGGCGGCUCUGCUGGGUGUCCUGCCCACAUCCCCGAAGUCGUGCAGUGCCGCAACAAGGGCUGGGAUGGCUUUGACGUUCAGUGGGAAUGUAAAGCCGAGCUCGACACGUCCUACCGAUUCGGCAAGACCGCCGUGAGCUGCGAAGGUUACGAUUACCCCGACGACCCCUACGUGCUCCGCGGCUCCUGCGGCUUGGAAUUCAACCUGGAGCUGACCGAGCAAGGCCGGAAGAAAUACAAAGAGGCCGGCGGCAGCGGCACCAGCAGCCACGGGAACACCUACGGCUCCAAUUACUUCCCUGGGUACGUUGAGAAGAUGGAUUCCCCCGUGCCCUCUAGCACCAGGGGCCUGUUGGCCGUCGUCGUCCUGCUGGUGCUGGCCUUGGGCGUUUAUAAGCUCUUUCUGAAAGCCCAGAAUGAGGAUCUCCCCCCGCCCUACACUGAGCAUCCCCAGGACCACCAGAGGUUCUUCCAGGCGUCCCCACCCCCGCCUCCUCCUCCCCCAGGCUUCAAGUCCUAUUUCACAGCAUCGGGUACCCCCGGAUGGGGCUUUGGCAACUCUUUCACGGGUCCCCAAGCGUUUGGCCAAUCUGGCCCUGGAUUCUGGACUGGAUUGGGGACUGGUGGCCUUUUAGGCUACUUGUUCGGAAACAGCAGGGCCACGCCCCUGUCAAACACCUGGACUCAUCCUGCGUAUCCUCCCCCGUACUUCAACACGUGGAACAAUCCGGUGCCCCCGUCCGCUGCCGCUAACUCCCGGAGCUCUGGGUCUCCCUCGAGCUCCAAAACGGGGACGAGGACCACGUCAGGGUUUGCCACCACCAAAAGACGUUAAGAAGACAAGGUGGAUGAAUAAAACCUUCAGACGCAAAUUUCUUAUUUUGGGGUCAUUUUCUCUUUAAAAAGCUAUGUACUAAGAACUGUGGGAAGAAAACGUCUUCAAGUUUAGAGGCGGAUGGUUGCUCGUAACACUCUUCGUCAUCAGUUCUGUAAUAUAGCUAAGAGUCAGUGGGCUGGAGGUAGAUUUGGCGACCUUUGGCCGCCACGGGCAAGCGGUUUUUUGGCAGCUUCUGAAGGAUGCGCACUGCCCUGGCCCCUUGAAUGUCUGCGUUCCACCUGCCCCUCUUCCUGUGUGCAUCCCUGCCACAGAGAGGACCACUGAGCCCCUGACGAGGUGCGGGCUGGGGGGACGCUUUUUCUCCAGCUCAGCUUCCACAGCCAGGGGCUACUCUAAACGGUCGAUGGGAAACUGGCCCCAAGACCCCAUCUCCCCAGUAGACAGCUUUCUUCCUUUGCCCCGUAGGGUUGGGUGACGGGGGCAGGCUUUCCAAGCACUUCGAGAGCUUGGGGCUUGUCUGUACAGAGGGAAGCUGGUAGGUGUGUUGGGGGUGGGGGUGCCAACAGCAAACCUUAGAAAGGGGGAUUUUUGAGGGCAGCCCGCGUCAGCUGAAGGGAUGAAGCCCCUCGCCCGGGGGAAGUGUGUUGUCCCAUUUGAGCCGCUGAGAAGUGGAUUACGAUCCCCAUUUUCUUUCUCAAGAGUCCCUUUUGGACUGUUCCCCGCCCCAGGCCUGCUUCCUUCAGCCAUUUGUCCCCCACCACAUUAUAAGACAGUUUCUCAGGCCGCAGCCUGGGAGCAGGAGGCUCUGAAAGGUGGUGUGCUCACAGCCUCUGACAGGCCCAUGCUUGCUGUCUCCUCUGGACCGACCUCCCUGGGCUGUCCAGAGAGACAGGGCAAGCAUGACAGCCGAGUCAGACCUCCGUCAGCAGCCCUACUUACUUCUCAAGGACUUCCCUUGUUUAAGUGUGAGCGGAGGCGGGUCGCUGGGGAGUGUACCUAGGAGGAUCUCAGCCUCCCUGGCAGAGCUGGAAUCCGGAAGAGCCCUCCUUCCUUUGCUGGAGUGAGCUUGUUCAGUCCCUGAGGAGCAGGGAGUGUGUGCUUUGUUUUGUUUUUCAAGCACGGGGGAUUCUUUGGUCUUAGGCAGCUGUCUUUCAGGUGAGAAGAGUGAGGAGCUCGUUGGGGUCCAUGUUUGCUUGUGUGAGGAGGUAGAGUAGGAGUCCUUGGCUUGUUGUGAGCAUGUACUAGGUGAGGGGUGACUGGGGACCUGCUAAGUCUGGAAAUUGCAUGCUUCCCACCUCUGCCCUCAGAAGCCCAGUCCUCCUAAUGCACCACCGCUGUCCACGGUGCUAUUCAGGAAACUUGAGGGCUCCAACCAAUCAAUAGAUCAAUCUAGCAUAUCUGUGCCAGGCACUGUGCUGGGUGCCCUCGCUGGGCUUACAUUCAUUCCAACAGGAGGCAGCUUGUACAUAGCAUAAGUGUGGACGAUGAAAAGGAUUACUGGAGGGAGGGAGGGAGGGAUGGGCGGGUGGGCGCUGGCAGGGGGAGGGGCCAUCAGGGAAGGCUGCUCUGCCCCAGGGGAGGGCUGGAGGGGGUGGGGACGAAGCGCCUCCCACUGCUGCUGCUGUUGCUCUGGUUGGCUUGGUGUCGAGGGUGUUUCGGAUGUUUAUUCCCUUCUAAAUCUGUGUCUUUGCUGGUGGUGCCCACAGCUGCUUGUGCUUGUUCUGUUCGUGUUGUGUUCUGUAAGACAUAUCUUUGCUCUUUUUCCCUUUCUUGAACUUCAAUAAAUUAAGCUUGGCCCCAA